UCGAAAACAAAAAAAUAAUAAAAUCCAUCAAUACCUACUACCUGCUGCACAAAACAUUUUAAAUGGAUAUUUUUCGCGAUUUCGUUGUUUUUGCUUUACUAUUGUUGUACAUCAUUGUAAAACAUAGUUAUACGAAAACACAUAUUUGGAAUUCGAGAGUUACAGGCAAAAGCACAGACCAUAAGUGGUAUGAUAUUUAUUAUGAUGCGAUAACAAGUAAAAAGAUACCGAUAGUUCAACGGUUUGGUGAUCGACAAGAUGAACCAAGUACUGCACGAUUUGGAAGUAUACCAUGUUCAUGCCAAGAUUUGACAUGUGGUUGUUGUGCACAGUUCAACGUACGAUUUUUCAAAUACAAUAAAAAAGGAUGUAUGAAUUUCACUUACGAUCCUCAAGACUUUGCAGUCACGGGAAGCAUGUUUAUGGACGAUGAAUCAUUGUACGAGUACAAGAUAUCCGCUAAAAACCCACCGCCGGCAUGUYUACGAGUUCCCGUGCCGUACUUACCGUCGAUGGACAUGUGCAUGAAAAUGUUCGAUAUCUACACGCCCGGAAGAAACUURCACGCUUGCGUCAAUUUCCUCACUCGCAUCGAACACGCCGAAGUGCUUGUGUUGGAAUUCGAUUGUUUCGUGAUCGGCCGUGACGGCGUGAACAUGCACAAGUACAACACCACCACAUCCACGACCGCCACUGACGCCGCCACUGACGCCGCUGACGACGAUACUACCACUUCUACUACCACCACAGUGCAGACAUACGACACUACGGCGCCCGACCUGCACAUCACUGUCACGGAAGUGAUCGCGCACCGAUUGCGGUAAAACGGGACGGUCGAAAACAUCGU